CAUGAGAACCCUUAUAAAUUUUAAAAAGCACAAGCGGUAACAAACAUUGACCUUGAUUAGACGUUUGAAUGCAAAAGGGCGGGUAGAAAAGUUUAGCUAAACUCAUGUUAUCAAUACCUUCAGUGAAAACGGUACCUACGUAUAUAUGUAGGCCAUGUAUUAUUUGGUGUUAAUUUUGUAUGUUAAAACCUAAUUUCACCAAUGCAAAUGCUUUUUAUAAAAACCUUUGGUAAACUGUAACAGAUCAUCAUAACGGUAGUGAAUUUCUAACUGGAAACGUAAUGGAAAACAAACAAUGCUUGUUGCUGGCGCUUGUUGCAUGCGUGGCCAUUGAAUAUUCCGAGGGAUUCGAUAGUAAAAUUGUAAAUGGUUCGAUGGCUUUGCCUGGCGAAUUUCCAUUCAUGGUCUCUCUGAGACGAGCAUCGUCAGGUCGUCACUCCUGUGGUGCUUCUCUCUUGAACCGCGUUUGGGUUUUGACUGCUGCUCAUUGUGUGGUUAAAUCAAAGCCGAGUCAAAUAAAUGUACAGUACGGAAGCAUUGAAUUGGAUCAGAAUUCAACGGAUCUGGCAAAUGUAUCAAAAAUAUUUGUCCACGAAGGCUAUGAACCAGCUAAUCAAUAUAUACAUGACAUUGCUUUGUUGAGACUCGAGAAACCGGCUAAUGUAGAAAAAGAUUUUGUCGGCAUUCGAUUGCCAGAAUUGAAUGCCACCACUGACAAUAAAACACCAGUUACGUUAAUCGGCUGGGGCUUAAACGCGACGGGUGGAGUAGUACAACAGUUCUUGCAAAAAGUUGAUUUAGAAAUAUUUGACGAUGACGAAUGCAGUAACAGGCAUGGUGUACAGAUGCAUUCGACAACUAUUUGUGCCGGUGUGCCAGAGGGCGGCAAAGGACAAUGCAGUGGUGAUUCUGGUGGUCCUUUACUUUUGAAUGGUACUCAAGUUGGAAUUGUUUCGUGGUCUCGUAAACCUUGCACAAGACCUCCAUAUCCAGGAGUUUUCACUGAAGUAUCCGCCUAUGUUGGAUGGAUUUUGGAAACAAUUCUCGACGCUGAGGAUGAUGAAGAUAACAAUACCGAAGGACUUGAGCAAAUAUUAAGUGGAAAUUUAAUAAUAGUUCGUGCUAAAAAUCCCUUAAAUGUGAAACAAUUUUAAUAAAUAGU